AUGGUAGAUUCAGGUUCAAAACGGACACUACGCAUGGACCCACCACGCGCAAAACGCGCUGAACAGAAUGACAAAGACAUGGAUUGGCUUAGGCGAUUCCGGGAAACCAAGAAACGCAAGGAGAACAUUCAAGAGCAGUACAAGAUGCUCUCUCAGCAGCAACUCCACGAGGAGGUCCACGAGGAGGAUGGAAGGGACGAUUCAGCCGUCAAUAACAAGAGUGGGUCCGACUUGGACAAAGAGGAUACACCCGCGCCUCCCAUAAAGAGGGGGGCCAAGGUUGGAUCUACUGCUACCGCAAGUGCCAAAGCUACUGUGAAGACAAAUGCUCAAGCAAAUGCUCAUAAGGGAGCUGCCGCAAAUAAGCUACUCCCUUCAUCUGGUAACGCAACUGUCAAUGAGGCCACGCUCAAAUCUCAGCUAGUUGCAAAUAUUGCAAUGCGCAACCGCCGGGCCAAUCAUUUCAACUUCUUGUUGAAGGAGCUGAGAAUGGUUUGGGAGAACGGCAACAUGCGUUUGACACUGGCGCCCACCGUGCAAGCUGCAGAAAGCACAGUUGGGGGCCUUACUAGCAAUGAAGAGCUUCAAGAUUUGGGUACGGUCCAGGCAGACAACCCUAGUAAUGCAAAGGGGACAAAGACUCGGAAAGGACCUCUGUACAAGGGGGGCACACGUCUUCAUAUUAGAAGCGAAUCUUGGGCAUCAAGUGUAUCGACUGCGCUCUUGGUUCGCUCAAGCUCUCCUGGGCUAUUAAACCCAUCUUCUCUAUCAACAACCUUGUCUCGUAUAUUGCCACGGCAGCCCUUGUUAUCCUCAGCAAAUCGCAAUAAUACUCCCGUGAUCGUUAAUUCCCACCGUCCUGCCCCCUUCAAGAAGCAUAUACCCACAUUGUCCAUCAUGGCAACCACUAACAGGCUCCGAGAUGCUCCCCCGGCACGACCCCGUCUUGCUCAUUCUGAUUUGGUGACUGCCAUUGACUGGGAUGUGGAUUCUGAUGACAAAAAGGCAGAACUCAAGCAAAUUGAGCAAGACAGCACGAAAAAAAAAGGGAAAUCCAAGUCAAGCGACUAUCAAGGGUUGGUUUGGGAGAUUUUAGAGGCCACCCUUGACAAAGUUUUUGCUAUCCUUCUCACUGAGGGAUUUUUUAUCGAACCAAAGCAACUCGACGAGUUGAUCGCACGUACGUGGCGUUUCUGCGCCAGCAGGGUUGUUGAUGAUCCUACCUUGAAUUGUUAUUCUAUAAGUAUCAACAAACUACGAGCGAUUAAAUAUUGUAUUACUAGCUGGCAAGGAAAGCUGAAGGACGCAAUCAAGCCAAAGAUUCCCGGGGAAUAUGGUCUGACAAGAGCCCCUGCACAGGGUAAAACUAAAAUUGAAAAACUUUUAAACCAUGGCUUCCAUACGCAACCUGGUGCAAAGCCGCGUACAGGGUACUACAAACACCCGUUCCUGCAAACCGCAUGUGAUGUGACAGUUUUUACCAAACAAAAGGGCAAGCCACCAAUUGGGACAAAAUUUUCCAAGAUGUUUGUGAAAAUGCCGCUGCCAACAAUAGCCCUCCUUUGCGCAAUUAUUCACUUUCUACUUGAAACAUAUCACAGCAACGAGGAAGAACACGACGACACGAUUGUUAGGGAGAUGUUGGAAGAAUAUUACAAGGAUCAUUUAGACAACCUGCUCACCCUGGCCAAAGUUGACCCAGACGCAAUUGAUUGUAUCCAGACAGGUAUGUACCAACGUGGAAUUAAACAAGCACCUAUCAAGCCUGCCAUGAUUGCAAAGUCCAAAGCCAAGGCAAAUAGCCGCCGGCUCUCAAUUAAGGAUAUCGUCUGUUUGGAACCUGGGCCCUUGAUGGAUUGCAAGGGUGAGGCGGAUAGCAAAAGCGAGUUAAAUAGUUGGGGUGGGAGCAAAAAACGACGCAAAGACAAUUGGGAGGAGCAGGAGGAGCAGGAAGGGAGCAAAAAUGAGGAGGGUAGUGCGGCUGCUGGCGCCAGCACUGAUACCGACCCCGAUGUCAAUGCCAACGCGGAUAUCAAUGCCAAGGGAGAGGGAAAGCAGGAAUCGGGCAAGGCUUUGGACGUGAUCAAAGUCGGGCCCAACAACGGGUGGACAGCUGGUGGCGAGGAGAAUGGGCGGGCCGGCAGGAAACGCAAAGAUAGGAACGGGAAGGGGGCGGAGAGAGCGCCGGUCAUAGGCAAGGCCUCAAGCAAGGCAGGCGAGGGAGAGGAGGUGGACAAGGGAGAGGGCGAACCGGCAUCAAGGGGUGCAAAGAAGACAAUUGCAACACCGAGAACGCCAAGAAUAUUUUGA